UUCCAAAGAUAUGGAACUUUUGAACUAUUUCUCUAACCUUGUUUUGUUUUUUUCCCGCGCAAUUAAAGACGAGUAAAUUAAUUUAGAUUGCUUGACCCAUAACUAUCAGGAAAAAAAAUUAUGUGGGACUCUUCAACUUACGGUGAUAGAAGUGCCGGUGGGGGCUUCUUCAACAAUACUAAUGAUGCCGAUGCAACACCUGGAAAAGGACAGAAAGCGAGAAGGUUACAAAAUGUAGUUCCUGUUGUUGUAAGACAGAUCAAAGACUGCCCAGAGGAAGAGUUUUCACUCUUUGGAAUGCAAACUCAAAUUUUAUCCAUUGUCGGUAUUGUACUUGAUUAUGAAAUUCAGUCAACCAAAGCUAUGUAUAAUAUACAAGAUCACACUGGAAACAUUAAGGCGAUUUGGUGGCUAGAAACUGACAAGGAUAACGCACCUAAGUUACCAACUCUUAAAGAAAAUUGCUAUGUUCAAAUAUUUGGAUCCUUGAGAUUUCAAGAUAAUGAGAAGAUGAUGAUGGUAUUGAGAAUGUUUCCAGUGUCAGAUGCAAACAUUGUUACUAGCCAUUUACUUCAAGUAAUUCAUGCCAGAUUAGAAACUGAAUAUUUGGCCAGUAAUCCUACAGGCCCUACCUCAGCCAUCAAGAAAAACAACCCUGGUGCAGAUCUUGCAAACUCCAUGCACUUUUUAGAGAACACUGCUCAAGAUACAGGUUUGACACCAAUGCAGGCACAAAUACACGAGAUCCUCAAGAGAUCCCCUUCGAUGUCUGGUACCUCUAAAUCUGAGCUACUCCGGCAGUUUCCACAGCAUAAAUCUGUGGAGGUUAUGGAGGCCUUAGAGUUUUUAAUCAACGAGGGCCAUGCCUAUUCAACAAUUGACACAGAACAUUUUAAGGCAACAGAUCCCAUGUGAAUCUCAAUAUUUCAUAAAAUAUAUUUUUAAGUUUGUUAUUAUUAUUAGUAUUUAAGUAAAACUUGAGUUUUGAUAA